CGGGGCAGAGCAAGAGCGGAGCGGGGCGGGGAGCUGGGCCCGGCCCUGCCCAGCGCAGCCGCGCUUCCCCGGGGCGAGCGAAACUUCCCGGGGGGCUGCCAGACAGAAGGUUUUCGGUUUGGGUUUUUUUUUUUCAUUUACAUUUUUCGGCACUUUCGGUGGGGACCCCGGGGCGGAGCUGCCUUCGCCGAGCCUGCGGCGGCCGGGAGAGGCCGGUAUCCGCAGCGCCGCCGGCCCCCGGGAAUGGGCUCCGGGGGAGGAACCGCCGCUUAGCCCGGCUCGGUACGGCCCGGCGGGGGCGGCGGGGCCGCGCCGCGCAGCAUGGCCGCGGAGCUCAGCGCCGAGGAGGAGCAGGCGACCAAGCAGUUCCUGGAGGAGAUCAACAAAUGGACAGGCCAGUACAAUGUGUCCCCACUCUCCUGGAACGUGGCCGUCAAGUUCCUCAUGGCCCGCAAGUUCGACGUCCUGCGGGCCAUCGAGCUCUUCCACUCCUACCGGGAGACGCGGCUGAAGGAGGGCAUCGUGAAGCUGAAGCCGCAUGAGGAGCCUCUGCGCUCGGAGCUGCUCAGUGGCAAGUUCACCAUUCUGAGCGUGCGGGACCCCUCUGGAGCCUCCAUCGCCCUCUUCACAGCCAAGCUGCACCACCCCAGCAAGAGCAUGCAGCAUGUGGUGCUCCAGGCACUCUUCUACCUGCUGGACCGAGCAGUGGAGAGCUUUGAAACGCAGAGGAACGGGCUGGUGUUCAUCUACGACAUGGCAGGCUCGCAGUACACCAACUUUGAGCUGGACCUCAGCAAGAAGAUCCUCAACCUGCUGAAGGGUGCCUUCCCGGCCCGGCUCAAGAAGGUGUUCAUCGUGGGAGCGCCCAUGUGGUUUCGCGUGCCCUACUCCAUCAUCAGCCUGCUGCUGAAGGAGAAGCUGCGGGAGCGGGUGCAGAUGGUGAAGAUGUCGGAGCUGAAGGAGCACCUGCCCCAGGAAUGCCUCCCUGAGUACCUCGGGGGGUCCCUCAAACUGGACCCUCUCAGCUGGAACUGCCGGUUCCUGCCCCAGCAGAACGGGCACCCUGACCCCCUGGACGAGCUCAUCCUGGUGCCACUGGUGGCCCCUAAAGAUAAUGGCUCCGUCCACGUCCCCGGGCCCAAGUCUCUCACGCUCCAGGAGCUGCUGGAUCAUGUCAGCCACAAGCAGAAGCGAGGCAUCUAUGAAGAGUAUGAAGAUAUUCGGCGCAGGAGUCCCACUGGCACUUUCUUCUGCUCUUUGGCACCCUACAACCAGGAGAAGAACCGGUAUGGGGACGUGCCCUGCCUGGACCAAACCCGUGUGAAGCUGGCAAAGCCGUACAGCCGCCUGGAGGUGACUGACUACAUUAACGCAAGCUUCAUGGAUGGCUACAAGCAGAGGAGCGCCUACAUCGGGACCCAGGGGCCCCUGGAGAACACCUACGGUGACUUCUGGCGCAUGGUGUGGGAGCAAAAUGUCCUGGUGAUCGUGAUGACAACCCGGCUGGAGGAGGGAGGUAGGAGAAAAUGUGGCCAGUAUUGGCCACUGGAGAAGGAUUUCCAGGUGUACUUUGGGGCCCUGACCAUCACCAACCUAGGCGUGGAGAACCUCAACCAUUACAAGAAAACCAUCCUGGAGAUCCACAGCUCAGAGACCAGGGAGCGGCGGCUAGUGUCCCAUUUCCAGUACCUGAGCUGGCCAGACUAUGGUGUCCCCUCCUCUGCAGCCACCCUCAUCGAUUUUUUGGGGGCUGUGAAGCAGCAGCAGAGAGUUGCAGUCAGUGCCCUGGGGCCCCGCUUCAGGGGUCACCCUGGGGGACCCCCCAUCGUAGUGCACUGCAGUGCUGGCAUCGGUAGGACAGGUACCUUCUGCGCACUGGACAUCUGCUUGUCCCAGCUGCAGGACGUGGGCACGCUGAAUAUCUACCAGACGGUGCUGCGCAUGCGGACCCAGCGCGCCUUCAGCAUCCAGACCCCCGAGCAGUAUUACUUCUGCUACAGCGCCGUCCUCGAGCACGCCCAGCGCGAGGGCCUGCUGCUCGCCAACCACAGCCGGGCCGCCCAGGAGAAGAGCUCGCUGGGACACUGAGACCCUCCACCUCCUCGCAGACCCCUCCAUUCCCAUCCCCCCGCGCCCGCCAGAGCCGCCCCACGCCCGCCGGCAUGUGGCGGAGCUGUGGGGCCGGCAGUGCCAGGGCGCAGUGGGUGCCCGUUGGCAGCAGGCGGCUGCCCGGCGGUGGCCGUCACCGCACCACCACCCAACUGUGCCUUAUUGAACCCCGAUAGCGGCUGGUGCUCGCUGGGGGGCGGAUGGUGCGGGACGAGGCUCUCGCUGUUCACCAGGGUGUUCCCGGUGGGGGCUCAGUGGUCUGGGGAAGUGGUUUCUCUUCAAGUUGGGAUCUUCGUUUUUUUGGUUUUUUGGUUUUUUUUUCUGAUUGGGACCACCCAAAAUGUAUCUUGAGAGGGGCUUUGCAAAGUCCAAGGAGAUGUAUUUUCAGUCCUGCCCUGGGGCUUAGGAAGAGGUGCCUACUCCAGUCUUACCUGCCACUAAGUCUGUGUCUGUCUGUGUGUGUGUAUAUAAUAUAUCCUCGCUGUGCUAUCCCUGCCUAUUCUAUAGAGACACAUAUACCAGCACCCAUUUCAGCAACUCCUGCAGGUUCCCCCUGUCCUGCUUUCUCACCGCUGUGAUCCCUGGAGCAGUGAGUUUGGUCUUGGAUCUGUCUUGUCUUUCCUUACCUCCAUAUUUAUACCAUUCCUACACCCCCUGCUCUUCACAGGCAGCACUGGGAGGCAGUGCCCAUCUUUCGGGAGGCAUGGGGACGCUUGGCGCUGUCUCUCCCUUCCCUUGUCUCAUCAUCCCCAUUCCUGUCUCCUGCUGGGAGAGGGCAGCUCUGCUCCCCCGGAGGAGGGUCUUGAGGAUUUUGGCCUUGGCAGGCAGGUUGGCCCAGGGACAGGAGCUCACCGGUCCCCUGCCCCUCGGGAGUCACUAGGUACGAGGCAAAAGGGAUGUGGCCGGGCCCCAACCAGCUGGCCAAGUUGCCCAGCUUCCCCACGGCCGCAGUUGGGUACCUGCAGACCCAGCCCUACUCUGACUCCCCGUCUGGAAAAGCGCGGAGCAAAAAGCCAAACCCCUGGGGAGGCAGCGUGCUGACCCUGGGGCAGCGGCGCCCACCAGGAUAUCCCCCCUGUCCCCUGCCACCCCCCGGCCCCCGCGCUGGCACCGGCAGCGCCUGCGCCUCGGUAACUUUAUACUGUAAUAAGCUCUUGGAAUGUGUAUAUUCUUAUUUUUUUAUAAUCUUGGGGGGAAGGGUUAGGGGUUGGGGGGUUUUUUUUGUUUGUUUUGGGUUUGUGGGGUGAGGUUUUUUUUGUAUUUAACAUUAACUUGAUCCAAGCCAGAGCCAGAAGUAUUUGUAAAUGUUCUUAUUUUGCUCUCAUUUAGAGAAACAUUUCUGUUGUUGUUACUUUUGGGGGUUUGUUUUGUUUUUAUUUGUA